GUUUUAGGGAAAAAAGCUCGCACAUUUGACUUGGAAGCGAUGUUUGAGCAAACUCGAAGAACAGCUGUGGAAAGAAGUCGGAAAACACUGGAAGCAAGAGAAAAAGAGGAAGAAAUGAACAGAGAGAAAGAAUUAAGAAGACAAAAUGAAGAUACUGAACCAACACCGUCAGGCUCAAGUGUAGUCAGAGGUUGCUCAAAGUCAUCAUCAAGGGAUACAAGCAGUGAAAGUGAAGACAGUUCUGAUUCUUCUUCUGAUGAGUUAAUUGGUCCUCCUUUACCCCCUAAAAUGGUAGGAGAACCAGUUAAUCUUAUGGAGGAGGAUAUCCUUGGUCCUUUACCUCCACCUCUUGAUGAAGAAGAAGAAGAAGAUGAUGAUGAUGAUGAAGGAGAAGAUGGAGAAGAGGAAGUAAGUAUUCACUGGGAGUAAAUUAGUGUAGAGAUCAAUUUUCUUAGUGAAAAUAAAUCUUAAUCAUUAGUGAAAAUAAAUUAACAUAAAAAAC